UUCAAACCUUAUCCACCCCCGGAAGAACCUUCGGGGUGUUAAGAGUACUGCAGCCCCACACCCGGAUGAUUCUGUUAAUAACGCAGAAGACGACGAAGUAGAAGUAGUGGAUUUGGCUGCUAAUUCACUCUUAAACAAGUUAAUCCGGCAGUCCUUAGUAGAAUCCAGUCACCGAGUCGAAGUCUUACAAAAGGAUCCCAGCUCUCCCCUCUACUCAGUGAAAACAUUUGAAGAGCUGCGGCUAAAGGAAGAGUUGCUAAAAGGGAUCUAUGCAAUGGGAUUUAAUAGACCAUCCAAAAUCCAAGAGAUGGCCCUCCCGAUGAUGCUGGCGCAUCCACCCCAGAACCUCAUAGCCCAGAGCCAGUCUGGAACAGGAAAGACCGCUGCGUUUGUCUUGGCAAUGCUAAGCAGAGUUAACACCUCGGAACUGUUCCCGCAGUGCCUCUGCCUGGCCCCUACGUAUGAACUGGCUCUGCAAACGGGCCGUGUGGUUGAGCAGAUGGGGAAAUUCUGCGUGGACGUCCAAGUGAUGUAUGCCAUUCGAGGGAACCCAGUUCCCAGGAGCACUGACGUCACCCAGCAGAUUAUAAUCGGCACCCCUGGGACUGUCCUCGAUUGGUACUUCAAGCGGAAAUUAAUUGAUUUGGCUAAGAUCCGUGUGUUUGUCCUGGAUGAAGCAGAUGUUAUGAUCGCCACGCAAGGGUUCUCAGAUCAAAGCAUUCGGAUUCAAAGAGCUUUAUCCUCCGAGUGCCAGAUGCUCCUCUUCUCGGCGACCUUCGAGGAGUCCGUGUGGCAGUUUGCGGGGCGAAUCAUUCCUGACCCCAACGUGAUCAAGCUACGGAAAGAGGAGCUGACCCUGAACAACAUCCGGCAGUACUACGUGCUGUGCGAAAGCAGGAAGGACAAGUACCAAGCCCUGUGCAACAUCUAUGGUGGCAUCACCAUCGGCCAGGCCAUCAUCUUCUGCCAGACUCGUCGAAAUGCCAAGUGGUUGACGGUGGAGAUGAUGCAGGAUGGCCACCAGGUGUCUUUGUUAAGUGGAGAGCUGACCGUGGAUCAGCGAGCUUCCAUCAUUCAGAGGUUUCGGGAUGGAAAAGAGAAAGUUCUUAUAACAACCAAUGUCUGUGCCCGAGGGAUUGAUGUGAAGCAGGUCACGAUUGUGGUGAACUUUGAUCUCCCUGUGAACCAGCUGGAGGAGCCGGACUACGAGACCUACCUCCACCGCAUAGGGCGGACGGGACGCUUUGGGAAAAAAGGCCUUGCCUUCAACAUGAUCGAAGUCGACAAGCUGCCCCUGCUUAUGAAGAUCCAGGACCACUUUAACAGCAGCAUUAAGCAGCUCGACCCUGAAGACAUGGAUGAGAUCGAAAAGAUUGACUGUUGAAGAAAGAACUUUAUCAUUUGUGAAAUUUCCUAGUUUAUGUGAAAAUGGGGUUUAAAGGUAAUUUUUUAUGUCGAGGCUUUUUCAAAGUGAAAUUGUUACAUUUCGCAAAAUAAACGUGGUAGCCUUUG